UCCAUUGGCCCAAUCUAACAUAAUCAGAAUGGAUGCUUCUCUCUUGAAGGCUCCGAAGGGGAAGCCUUCAAAAUCAUAAUGGCGUGCUUAGCCUCCUCCACCUUCACCCUUCCUUCCUGCGCUUCACCACUCAACAAGGGUGUGCACCAACAUCAACUAAAUUUUGCUCUGGAUAGACUUCUAAGCAAAGCAACAAUUCGUACAGAUCAGAAAACUGUUGGAUCUAGCAGUUUGAAUAAACUUACACUAUCCUUGAAAGGACGCUGUCUUCGCUGUUUGAGGUCAUGCACGAGAUUUCUACAUGAAACUAAUUCAUAUAAUUUGGAUGUAGGUUAUUGUACUGAAAUAGUUAUAUCUGGAUAUUGGGUGGGACCUGAUGCUGAUGAUGGGUGGGGACUUGUGGAAGCUGUAAUUAAUCAAAUGAAUUGAUCCAUUUUUUUUACUUCUUUUAGAUAAGGGUUGAUUUUUCUUCAUUUUUAUCAAAUAUGUUAGUGGCUGUUCGGCUCUUGGUAAGCUGAGUACAGGCUCCGUAAACUAACCAAUGAUUUGGGAAA